AUGCUGGGAAGAUCAGGAUUGCUGCGCGUCGGGCGCUAUAGCCAUGGCAACGUGGUGACCAGAUGCACCCACCAGCCUCGUCCACUGAGAGCCUCUCAUCGAUACUUCUAUAACAAUACAUGGAAACGGCCAAACCUCUGCCAGAAGCAGAAUGAUACCCAGCCAAGGGCGAGCCAACAGUUACGAACCUUGUUCAUUGAAUCCAUUCCCCCUAUCCUCUACCCGCCGGCCAUCUUCGUCGGACUUCUUCUCGGUCUGUGGACAUGGAAAUGCUUCUGGAUCAUCGUGAUGCAAAACAAGCUCUUGUAUCUGUCAUGGCUGCCACCUUUCUCGCGAUCCGAUAAGAUUGCCGAGUACGAGACUGAAUGCAAGCCCGUGCAAUGGCAAGAAAAGCAAAUCCGAAGCCUGGAUGGAACCAAAUUGGCCGUCUGUGAGGGAUACAUCCCAGUCAACGACAACCGCAAAUCAAUCAACACUACAAAGAAAACAAAAUCAGUAGUAAUAUGCUACUUCCAAGGCAAUGGCGGCUCAACUCCACUUCGGUUACCCCUUCUUUCACAAGUCUUGAGGACUAUCUCGACAAUGUCAAAUGCGACAUCCUCAUCCCACAACACCAAAUUCACUAUUGUCGCCCUAUCAUACCGUGGCUACUGGACAUCUUCCGGCCGCGCCACACAGUCGGGAAUCGAACUCGAUGCCCAAGCAUUCCUGAACUGGGUAUCCGAAACGUAUUCAUCUCCAGAAACCGAUCUACAAAUUGUUCUCUGGGGACACAGUCUCGGCUCGUCCAUCGCAAGCUCUGCCCUAUCUACUUAUCUCUCGUGGCGGGAAGCCAAACAAUCCACACAAGAUGCAAGCCUCGCUCCAGUUGCGGGGUUGAUCAUGGAAGCGCCAACGUCGAAUAUCAAAGAUAUGCUUAUCAGCUUGUACCCUCAGAGAUGGCUUCCCUAUCGGUAUUUAUGGCCAUUUUCAUGGAAUACCUGGUGCAAUGCAACGAACUUGAAGCGACUGGCCGAGUGGCGAGAUCAAAAUUCGCAAAGAGCUGGCUCGAUCCCGCCAAUUUUUAUUUUGUCUGCCGAGAAUGACGAAAUAGUCCCACCAUAUUUAGCCGGCCAAUUGGAGAAAAGAGGUCAAGACCUGGGGCUUGAUAUCUCUAGGAAAGAAGUUACUGGAGCGAUGCAUACGGAAGGGCCAUUGAAAGUAGAUGGCCGAGAAGCAUUGGUCAGGUUCAUUCUUGACAAGACCUCGGAGCAAUAA